UUUUAUUGUCAAAAAGUAUAUAGAUACACUUCAUAUAUUCAAAUAUGGAACUCUCCAAAGUAAAAGAACAUACUUAUUUAUUCGAUCGUGGAACAAAUACAACCUAUCUUGGCAAAACCCCUGAAGGAUCUCAUAUCUACAGUGGCGAAACUAUCAAGGAAUUUGCUAUUGGUGAAGUCGCCAAUGGUGGUUAUGUUUUAUCUGUCAUGUUUGAUUCUGUACUUCGACAUUACUCUACACGAUAUCAAGUAGAUCCUAUUGCAUUGAACUGCUUCUUUCUCCGUAAAACCGACUUGGGAUCUCUUGUGGUGGAAGUCUCAGAUAUCAAGGUGAGUCGUAAAGGUUACUGUUUAACCAAAGCCGUGAUCAAGCAACCAGUGAAACAGAGCAAGCAAAGACUAGAACAUCUAUCGGAUUACCAUCCUGAGGAUUAUGUAGAAAAGGUAUAUGGUGUAUUUACUAUGGGGAAUAUGGAUAACGAAGAAGGACUUUCUGCCGAUCAUGAUCUACCAUCUCCUCCUAACAAUGGCGACCGUACACUGACACUUCAUCAAGGUGAAUAUUUGAAGGAUAUUGUGGUAACUCAUUCCGAUGCUUCACUCUGGCCUGUACCUGAUUCUCCACAACCUAUGGAAGUACAUCAAACCACUAUCUUCCGUGACGGACGACCCAUCGAUGCCAAAUCACUUGCUUUCUGGUGUGAUAUGUUUGUUUCUCCUCCCAAUAUGUUAGGCCCCUCUAUGAUUGAUGGUCAAAUCUGGUGUGCUACAAUGCAAAUGGAAAUUCAAUUCAAACAAAAAUGUCAUGAUGGUUUGAAGAAAAUCGCAAGUAGUUUUGUUACUCAUACUUUGAAAAACAGUCGAUUUGAUAUUGAUGGUUGGAUCUGGGAUGAUCGAGGUGAAUUGUUAGUUACUACCAGACAUCAAUGUUUAUGUCUUCCAUGGGAAAGAAACAUCAAAUCCAAACUUUAAAAAAAAAAAAAAAAAAAAAAAAACUUAACAUCAUUAUAUCCCUUUGCAUAGAAUAGUC